AAGUUUACAGAGCGUCGACGGACUUUCAGCGAGUUCACUGUUUGCUAUUAGAGCAAGUAAGGAAGAUCGCUCUAGGAAGAACACUUGCGCUAUCACUGCUGUAAGGUGAUAAACAUACCUACUAUUCCCAACUGCUUUUCUACAGCAUAUUAUACAUGCAAAUACAUCGAAGUCGCAAGUUUUCUUGAAAAAGAAAACAAGACAAUUGAACUACCUUGAUUUUUGGUUGUAAUUGCAGCGGCAUUUAUAGGAGUGAGAUGGAUGUUAUUCCUAUGUGCAGCAUCUUUCAGGAGCUCCAGAUAGUACAUGACACCGGAUACUUUUCAGCUUUACCAUCUCUUGAGGAGUACUGGCAGCAGACAUGUCUGGAGUUGGAGCGGUACCUCCAGAGCGAGCCCUACGUCUCGGCCACAGACAUCAAGUUUGAGACGAGUCAAGAGGAUCUCUGGAGCAAACUGAUCCUGGCCUGCGGGGACAAGGCCGAGUCCGACCCAAAGAUCCACAAUCACAUUAAGGAGGAGGACAAUCAAGAGGCCAACAGCUUUAACUCCGACGCCAGCAGUGAAGCGUCUGACAGCUCCGAGGAGCUCUCACCCCCCCUCGACUUCACCUCCAACCCACUAAGUGACAUUAUGGGAGAGGACCUGAGUUCCAUGGUUAUCAGCACUCCGCCAUCUUCUCCUGAGGUGAACAAGGAGGCCCCCUCCAUAUCCUCCCAGGUGUGGAGCGGUAUACAGACAGUGAUGCACUCGCCAGGGAAAAUACGGACAGGGGGCAUUGGUGGACGAACGGUGGAGAGGGGAAGCUUAGCCAAUGGGGAGGCUUCUCCAGACGGGAGGAGGCGGGUCCACAGGUGUCAUUUCAACGGAUGCCGAAAGGUUUACACGAAAAGUUCCCACUUGAAAGCACACCAGCGUACACAUACAGGUGAGAAGCCUUACAGGUGCUCAUGGGAAGGCUGCGAGUGGCGUUUUGCACGGAGUGAUGAGCUAACCAGACACUUCAGGAAGCACACUGGGGCAAAGCCAUUUAAAUGCAGUCACUGUGACAGGUGUUUCUCUCGCUCGGACCAUUUGGCGCUUCACAUGAAGAGACACAUCUAAGCGGUGGGCCCCGAGGCAGAGGAGAGCAGAGCGGUGUUGAGCGAUGGUCCUGACUGUCUCCUAACCUGUCUGUGGGGAGGCUGCAGUGCCCUGAGAGGGGAGGAAGGCUAGCGAGGGGAGCGUGCUCCAGUGAAAAGCAUGCAGGCCAUUUUUGCACCAUACUUAGUGCCUCCAAGACCUCUCAGAGGAAAGAGCUCUGAAAGGUCGACACAUUCUGAAAAAUAUCACGAAAACCACCAUGGAUGAAGGAGAAUUAAGAAAUUCACUAGAGAGAGGAGAAAGAAAAUAUCUGAGAGGACAAGAAAGAACUUUUUUUUCUCUGUAUGGUGUCUGAUGCUUUGCGGAGUUAGUUCCUGGUUUGAAAAUAUGCAGUGGUACUACUCCAAUAAACGUGUGUUGUUUUCUGUGAGCAUGUGGACUGACUGACUGUGAGCCUGCUGUCAGACUGCCUGUGACUGGGUGCCUGUCUUAGAAUGCCUGUAACUGGGUGCCUGUCUUAGAAUGCCUGUAACUGGGUGCCUGCCCUGUGGAUGUACGACUCCUGAGUAGAUGGCUUGUGUUGUGACCUGAAUGGCAUUGAGGGGAUGAUGAGUUUUUGACUGAGGUUUUAUUGUCUCGUGGUCAUGAAUGAAUGCAAGCAAAGGAGUUGUUGUGCUCUUGUGUGGAGCGCUGGUUGAGUCUAGGCUGGGUUUGGCAGUGUGUGUGCGUCUCAGCCGUCAGUUUUGAGGUUUGAGAGAGAGCACCACCAUCCGAACUGAGGUGGUACAUGCUCCUAAACGAGGUUUGGGGAGGGGAGGGGGGUUGAUGUUUGGUGCAGCUAUUAAAUGUGCAAUGUAUUAAGUAGCGCGUCUCAAAGUACAUGCUACAAAGCUAAUUUGUUGUCCAUUGUGUAAGCUCUGUAUCUAAAGGCUGUACACAACAUUGAUAUAUCAUUAUACCAGAAGUUGCAUGAUCUUGGGUUUGUUUGUCACUCGAUUAGGCCUACUUAUAACACAGGCAAAUCCCAAUAAUGAGCAGCUAUGCAUCCAUUUUACUCCGUAGAUACCACAGUAUUGUACAGAAACAUAAAGCAGUGAUGUAUUUGUUUCCUUCUUUUCUAUGUUUGGAGAUACCACUAUUGCUUGGCAACUGUGUUGAUCAUGGGAUAGUUUUAUUUAUAUUCAGUUUAAUAACUAAUUUCUUUAUUUUUGUCCUCUUGCUCUUCUCUUUUUCUAUAUCUGUAAAUACACUGUGACCUUAAUGAUGCCUUAUGUAAGUGGCCUUGUCCAGAUAAAUAGAUCACUCACGGGGGAGGGGGGUAAAUGCGGUAGUGUGUGAUUGAAUAGCUUUAUUAAGGCUCCGAUUCAUAUGGUUGCACCUUUUUCCCUUUGUCUAGAAAUGAUGGUUGGUCUGAAGACUCUUGAAUAAAAGUUAAGCUUUAUACUUA